UGGCAGCCCAAGAACUCAGGGUUUGAGAGAGAGAGAGAGAGAGCAGACGUGUGGAGCAGCAGCAUAGAGGAGAUGCAACUCACUACACAGAGAACCACAGCCACGUGAAGAUGAAGGUCUACUGACAUCCAGUGAAGACUGUGCUGCUUCAAACAGAGGACAAGCAAACGAUAGGACACUGAACCCCUCCCCUAAACACACACUGCAGUACAGUUCGGAUGGAAUAAGUCGUGUUUCAUCAGACGACCGAUUCAGCCUUAAUCUCUAACAGGGACUGAAUAAAAUUCCACCCAAAACCAUUCUUCUGAUCCUCAUCAAACCUGUUUCAGUGAAUCAAAGUGUUCAUGAUUGUCAGUGUGGAAACAUAUGAUGUCUUCAGUAACACACAUUGGUGACUUUACUUUAUGAGCGCUGGACAAACUCUUACAGCAUAAUUAACCCCUGACAUGCUAACAGCUAGCUGAGCCAAGAUCACAAACACAGGCUUUUUUUUUUGGAUGUUUUUUUGGACUGGAUUUGUUCUUGAUUUUUUCAUCCAGUUCCCUUUUUAAAGCAUUUAAUAAUAACAGAAAUGACUGAAAAAUUACAACAUAAUGGUUGAUUUGUUCAAGUUCCUGUUUAAAAACAAUCAUUUUUUCAGUGAGUCUCGUCAUUAAAUCAUCAUGGACGUGGAUAAGGAGUGGAAGGAGAGGAAGCACAGCAGCUUUUGCAUACUGAACUGGGAGCAGGUGAAGCGUUUGGACACCGUCCUCACUGAGUCAAUCCCCAUCCACGGCCGGUGGAGUUUCCCCACGCUGCAGAUGAAGCCACGGGACAUCGUUAAAGCUGUGCGUCGCAGAAUGUUUGAGCAGAACAUCUCCGUACGUGAGGUUCGGCUAAACGGCUCGGCCGCUAGCCACGUCCUGCACGAGGACAACGGCUUGGGCUAUAAAGACCUGGACCUGAUCUUCUGCACCAAGUUAAAGGAUGAGCUGGACUUCCAGACUAUCAAGGACAUAGUGCUGAAUGCUCUCCUGGACUUCCUGCCUGCAAUAGUGAACAAGACCAAAAUAACGCCACUCACACUAAAGGAGGCGUAUGUUCAGAAGAUGGUAAAGGUGUGUAAUGACUCGGACCGCUGGAGUCUCAUCUCUCUGUCCAAUAACAGCGGGAAGAACGUGGAGCUGAAGUUUGUUGACUCUCUGCGACGUCAGUUCGAGUUCAGCGUUGAUUCAUUCCAGAUCCGCUUGGACUCGCUACUUCUGUUCUACGAGUGCUCUCUGGAGAACGUCAUGAACGCCUCGUUCCACCCGUCCGUCAUGGCCGAGAGCGUCUAUGGCGAUUUCUCUGAGGCUCUGGAUCACCUCCAACAGCGUCUCAUUGUCACACACAACCCUGAAGAGAUCCGUGGCGGCGGCCUGCUGAAAUACUGCCACCUGAUGCUGCGAGGCUUCCGUGCCCCGAAUCUCUGGGAGAAAGGCGACUACCGCGAGCUGCUUCAGCGCUACAUGUGUUCUCGCUUCUUCAUUGACUUCCCUGGGGCAUCUGAGCAGCAUUGGAAGCUUGAGUCCUACCUCCAGAGCCAUUUUGUCGGGCAGGAGGAGUGUAAAUUUGCGUACCUGAGCAUGCUGCACGGCGUGGUGCGAGAGAGCAGCGCGUGUCUGAUGAACCGCGAGAGAUGCCGAGUGCUUGAGAUCAUUGCUGCGAUGGCUGUAAGAGCGCUGGCUGAACACAGCCACGUCCCAAAUGUGGAAAACGUCACGUGUUACUACCAGCCUGCUCCAUACAUCAAAGACAGGAACUUCAGCAACUACAGCGUGGCUCAGGUGCAAAACGUGUUCACCUGCAACACGGACCAAUCAGGACAAGUCUGGUUCUGUUUGUUCAUCUGAGACAUGCUGACAUACAGUUUCCAUGCCAACCAAUCAGAGUGGAGCUAAUGAUAGACAGCACCACAGACCGACCGGGAUCAUGUGAAGAACAGGAAACAGACUUUCUUUCUGGGCUCUGGAUUGUUCUCCUCUGCUUUUAUUGCUCUUUAAAACAUGAAGCAGAAUUUGAUUCUUAUGAAAGAUUCUGAAAACUGAUCAGUCAAGACAAAACAUUCUUUUAACAUUUUUAGAGAAACAUCAAGUCCAUUUGAGACGUCUUUUGUUUUUUUGUUCCUGUACAUUAACCAAUCACGAAGCAGGGAUCUAAUGAGGACGUCACAGUCAAACGAUCUCCAUGCCUCCGAGUUGGUCUGCUGUCUCGAGGUAAUAAAUACAGAGAUAAUAAAUACAGAGAAGAAUUCGAGUCCACACCUUUCUGGCUAUAAAACAAUGUUCAUAAAUUACUUUUUACACAAGAAAUAAAGGAGGAGAACAAGAUGGUGGGAGACAAGAACCGAGAGAGAGGAGAGAGAAGGUCACUCGGUUCAGUUUCCAGUGAAAGCCAGAAUCUAAAACACUGACAACUCGAGCCUGAGAGCUAGAAUCGAGCUCUGAUUCUGAUUAGGAACGGGGUGUGUGUGUGUGUGUUUCCACACUGCAGCAGAUCUUCUUGUUCCAAUCUUAGCUAAACUAUAACACACUCAUUUACUAGCAUCCUGAAUUGUACAGAACUUUUAAGACUUUUAGACUAAUUCUUUCCACUUCAGUUCCAGGCUCAUUAUAUUAAUGUGGCUUAUUCACUGAAGCGAUGUAUAGACUAAAGGAGUUUCUCUCUUUACUGUCUGGAAAAUCUGUCACCAAGAUGUGUCACCAUGGUGAUGACGAAAAGGACAAAAAGGAGAAAAGUGAUGACACUUGGAUCACUGGACCUCCAGAUGAAGAACCAAAGAGAUCUUCAAGACACCAGACUGUAGAUAGAACUCUGAGACCAAGUGCCUGGAACGAGACAAACACAAUGAAGUGACCUUAAAGACUUGGUUCAGUUUGUGUGUGUGUGUGUGUGUGUGUGUGUGUGU